AUGUCUGGCGGUCCUUGGCUCGCCAACAUCGCCAACAACCCCAACAUCAACCGCGACCCUCCUCCACACCCUCACAACGCCCCUCCCGCCGGCGCCCCUCCCCCCCAACAGGGCGGCCCUCACGUCGUCGUCGAACAGCACCACCAACAAGCCCCCAUCUACGGCCCGCCAAUUGGCGUCGGUAUCGGUGCUCCCGCGUUCGCCCCCCCCUUUGGAGUAGGCGUCGGCAUAGGUGCGUUCCCACAACCCUUCUUUCCGCACUGCGGCACCAUGGAUCCCGCCAUGUUUGGUAUGGCGCACGGCAUGCAGGGCCCGCUUGCUCCCAUCCGUGCGGGAAACUUUAUGCCUGGCGCUGAAGGUGGUAUAGGCUUUGGUUUGCAUGCCGCAGGCGGCGUGCCGUUUCCGCCGCCGCCGCCUGGUGCGAUGGCGGGUGUGGUGCCGCCGUUUAUGCCGGCGCAGCCGUUGUGGAAUGGUGGGGGAUUGGCGUUUGGGAACGUACCGGCUAUGGGGAUGGGUGGUGGCAUGCCUGGGAUGAUGGGUAUGGGCAUGCCGGGGAUGAUGGGCAUGGGCAUGGGAAUGGGUAUGGGUAUUAUGGGUGGAAACACGAUGCAUACUCGCCCUGCACCCAUGGUCCACGACGGCAACAUGGGCUUCACUGCGCAACCUGAACAGCAAGACCCGACGCAGAUCGCUGGCGGCAUUCCUCCGGGCGUCACUAUGAUCGAGCCUGCCGAGCACACCAUUGCCAUCCACAUCAAAGGCAACGUAUGUCCCUGGCUCAGUCCCGGCGCGCAGUUCCAGGUCGAGCCGCUCGGGUUCUCCAGCUCGACUGGGUUGAACCGCGUCAUCAAAGUCUUGAACGACAACAAGCCCGAAGAUGAGUGUGAGAAUAUGGCGAUUACGGAGUGCAUCGAACUUGGUAAUGGUAUGUGGGAGAAGGGCCAGACUUUCAAGUUCAACGAUGCUGUCAGCAGGGUCUUGACGAUGGGGGAUGCUGGAUGGGACAACACGAGGAACCGGGAGAACGGGCAGAGUCUUCAUCUCUGGUGUCAUCGUAUUUGA